AUGAUGGAUAAAGCUAUUCAGCAUCCCAGUGAGGUUUUGUCUAACCAAACUAUCUCAAACAACAGCUAUUCUCAGUUUUUAAACUUCGAUACAUGUCAACCUUCCUUCCCUGCAGUAUUCUUGCUUAUUACAGCUUACACUUUAGUUACAAUAGUAGGGCUUUUUGGGAAUCUUUGUCUGAUUAUUAUAAUAAAGAGACAGAAAGAAGCUCAAAAUGUUACAAACAUCUUGAUUGCCAAUCUCUCUUUAUCGGAUGUCUUAAUCUGUAUCGUGUGCAUUCCUGUCACAGUUACAUACACCUUAAUGGACUACUGGAUAUUUGGGGAAGCUAUGUGUAAAAUAAGCUCUUUCAUACAAAGCAUAUCUGUCACAGUCUCCAUUUUCUCACUUGUACUGAUUGCUAUUGAGAGAUACCAGUUAAUUGUGAACCCACGUGGCUGGAAGCCUAGUAUUUCCCAUGCGUACUGGGGAAUUAUUUUCAUCUGGGGAUUUUCCCUUAUAAUAUCCCUUCCUUUUUUAAUAUUUCACCAAUUAACUGAUGAACCUUUCAAACAUCUGUCUUCCCAUAGUGACUUCUACAAGAACAAAGUUGCUUGCAUCGAAGCAUGGCCAUCAGUUACGGCACGACUGAUCUUUACCACUAGCCUGUUGGUUUUCCAGUACUGCUUCCCACUGGGGUUUAUUUUUAUCUGCUAUCUCAAGAUAUUUGUAUGUCUCCGGAGGAGACAUGGUAAAAUAGAUAAGAUGAGAGAGAACGUAAGCAGACUAAGUGAAAACAAAAGGAUUAAUAUGAUGUUGGUAUCAAUUGUUGUGACCUUUGCAGCUUGCUGGUUGCCUCUCAAUAUAUUCAAUGUUGUUUUUGACUGGAACUAUGAAGCCCUAAUGAACUGUAAUCAUAAUCUAGCAUUUACACUGUGCCACCUCGUGGCAAUGAUCUCAACUUGUAUCAAUCCCAUCUUUUACGGAUUUCUCAACAAAAAUUUUCAGAAGGAUCUGGUAGUAUUAGUUCACCACUGCAGAUGCUCAGCAUCACAAGAGGAAUAUGAAAACAUUGCCCUUUCAACUCUGCAAACUGAUAUAUCUAAGGGAUCUUUAAAAUUAAAUACUGCCCCUGUGAAUAUCUAA